UUCUAGUUUCUACUCUCUCUUCCUCUCCCCGCGCUUUCUUCCAUCCCUUUUACUCUCAACACUGUAUCUUUGUUCUUGGCUUCUGCUUCAGAAUUAAGCUCAAUCUUCACUCUUUUCUGCAGUGGAUUUCAUAAAAUUCGUGCAGAAAUUUGUUUGUCGUGUACAGUACGUGCUACUCAGGUAACGCGUCACAUGAAUAAGGAUAUUCGCCAAAAUUGAAUCAGGUUCAGCAAUACAACUCAUGGAGCAUGAGGCAACUGCUAUGCAUAAGGAUCAGUGGCAAAAGCAGGAUAAUUUUCUUGAGGUUCUUAAUAUAGAGAAACAGUUAUUGGCAUUGAUCCAUUCUAAAGGUCUGUUACACAAAGAUGUUCAAGAGUUGUACCGCAAGGUGAGAACUGUUUAUCAGAGCAUCAUUUUGAAUGACUAUGAUGUUGUGGACCUUCAAGAAGUUGAAUACUUUUUGUGGAAGCUUCACUAUAAGCACAUUGUUGAGUUUCGCAAAAGCAUGAGGCAACAUUGGAUGAGUGGAGAGAGUACAAAAGGGGAAACUUCCCCAGUUGACAUUGACUCACAGGGCAACAUCAAUAGAUAUGUGGAUGGAUUCAAGACAUUCCUGUCUGAAGCGACUGACUUCUAUAGCAAUUUGACCAAGGCUUUCAGAGAAGUUUGUGGUCUGCCAGGGGAGGUGUUCCUGUAUAACAAAGGAGACAGUUCAUUUUCUACUGAACAAAUGAAAUUGAGCAAGUGUCAGUUUGCAUGCCACCGCUUUCUAAUAUGUCUUGGGGAUCUUGCUAGAUAUGGCGAGCUUUGUAAGAAACAGGAUGCUUCUAAAUGGUCGGUUGCGUUUACUUACUACUUAGAAGCAAGCAGGAUAUGGCCAGCUAGCGGGAAUCCCCAUAAUCAACUGGCACUGUUAGCAACAUAUGUUGGCGAUGCUUUCCUGGCAUUGUACCACUGCACGAGAAGUUUAGCUGUUAAAGAACCUUUCCCUGAUGCAUGGAAUAACCUUAUGCUACUCUUUGAAGAGAACGGGUCAUCCCAUCUGUCUUCGCUUUCCAGUGAGACACACAUCGAUUUGUUAAAGCCAUUUGAAAAAGUCUCCUUGCAGGCCGCACCACAGUCUCUCACUGGAUCUUCAAAUAAGAGUAACUUGGAAACUAAUAACAUCUUUUCUACUGCAAAAACUGAACUCUGGCCCCUCUUUGUGAGAUUGAUAAGUUUUUUCCUUGGGAGAUCCAGUUUGGAGGAAUUCGAAAGCACUCUUUCUUCCACUGUCGAACAUUUGGAAUCUUUGGUACUUUUAGAUGAUGAGCAACUGAAAGCUGCUUUGGAGUCAUAUAAGCUGAUGGAUUCAUCCAGAAAAGGCCCUUAUCGUGCACUUCAACUUGUUUCAAUAUUCAUCUUCAUCUUACAUAACCUUACAGAAAGCCCUCAGAAUGAGAAGCUGAAUGAAAAUGACAAGCAGCAGAAAUCUGGGCUGACCCAAUUGGCUCUAAUUGCUACAUAUAUUUGUAUUGCUCGCCUUCUUGAGAGAUGUCUAAAGUGCAAUCAACUGGAGAAGUGUCCGCUUUUGCCUGCUGUGCUGGUCUUUGUUGAAUGGCUGGUUGGAGCACUUGAUGAAGUAGAAAAAUAUGCUGCCGAUGACAAAGUUAUGAGUGCCAUGUCCUACUUUUUUAGUGCUCUUGCUGAUCUUCUCAACCGAUUUAAUAUAGGAGAGGGUGAAACUGCUUGCGAUAAAUCUGCUCUUUGGGAAGAUCAUGAAUUGAGGGGUUUUGAGCCAAUGGCCAAUGCACAUGCCUCUCUGGAUUUUACGAGUACUCACUGGGAAUGGAUGGAGACUUUGGAUUCAAAACGUUCGCAUCGGAUCUUUCAUGCAGGAAUGAGGAUUGUGAACAGAUCUGCUAAUAAUAAACAGUGGAUUUUUUGUGACAAAAAAGGAUUGAAAUUCUUUACGUUUGGGUCAAUGGAACUUUUAGGCCAAGGAAAAACAGUAGGGGUAUCUAAAUUAAAUGUUAAAGUCAAGGAGGUGGAUGAACAGAUUAGUAGAAAUGUAGAAGUACAUGAACAAGAUUCUCUUGGGGAAACUCAACCUCAACGUUGUCAAAAGACUGUACCUGUUUCCACUGAAGAGGAAGAAGUCAUUCUCUUCAACCCUAUUACACGACAUAACUCAGCACCGCUCUAUAAAUAUAUCACUGAAAAUGACCAUAUGUAUAGAGAAGGAUUGAAGGAGCCUGCUUUAUCUGCUGAUGAAUGCUUGCGCCGAGCAACAUCAAUGUUCAUUGGGAAAAACCAGCCACGAAGUGAUCGAGCAAGUUUUUCUCCUGAUGCCACAAAUGUGAAGUACAACAAACCAUUGAAGGAGUCAGCAACUUACCCUGCUGGACCUCCCUCUCUUAGUGCCUGGGUAUUUGAUAGGGAUAAAUUAGAUUAUGAGCCAGAGAAAGGGAUCAAGAACUUCACUAAACAUGAGUUGACGCCGAUUCAGGAAACAGCUUUUGAAUCCUUGACUGGUCUAUUACAUGACAGAACUAGGGAUUCUGUUGCUGGUCCCGCUCAUGUCUCUGCAGCCGCCCAAACUCUUUCUCCUCCUACAUAUGUCGCUCCGGUGCCUUCAGCUCCUUUAUUGCCGGAUGAUGCUACUUGGUCUAGGGGUAACUUGCCAAGUUUUCCUGAGUAUAAGAGUGCACUUGGUAGUAGGGAGACAGACGGCAUUCUUGGUGCUCCACCUGUAAGUGGCUACUCGAAUGGUUCUGCACCUCAUGGACCAUUGGAUUUUAGCCCUGUUCUUCCAGGAUUAGUCCAUGGAUACCCUCCACUACUGGGAAUGAGUUCUUCGGAAUGGCUUUAUCACUACAGAAACAAUCACAAGCUUGAUCAAACCAGUACUCUUUUCUGGCCAGUUCACAUGAAUGGACCAGGACCUCUAUCAAGUUUCCAGACAAAUGACCUCUCAAGGUUUGAUCUUUUCAGUCAAUGGGGAAAUCCUUUGGCUUCUACUCCAACCUUCUAUAUGGAGAGCCCCCAGUUGCAUCCAGGUUCUUCUUUUGUUUACAGUGCAGGUGACCCACAAAAAGAUAGCCUCCUUUCUUACCAAAGGGCAUCUCCUUUUGUUUGUGGUGCUGUUACCGAUCCAAGACCUGAGCAACAGCCACUUCUUCAUUACCUCAAAGAAAAAGAAUGGCAACUGCAUUCUCCUCAGUUCAGAGGUUCUGCAUUUAUGGGAAACUGAAACCCUGAUAUCUUAAGCACUUCAUGACUGUACAUCUGUCUUUGCUUCAUGCUGUGCUUUGCUUGUUAAUUACUGAUUGCUUCAGAGAAAGUUUCAAUUGCCAAAAAGAUUGAUCUUAACUCACACAGGUUUAUGACUAUUUGUGUACAAUUUACUGGAGAGUGAAGUAUGAAAAUUUCCUAGCAGCGUCUGUUUCA